AUGCCAACUGAGAUGAAAAAAUCCAUUGUUGAAACUGCCAAGACUCAUCCUGACGUUACAUUUGUCUGGAAAUACGAGGAACCAGAUGACGCGCCAUUUGCAGCUGGUGUUAAUAAUCUAUUUCUAACAAAGUGGACUCCACAAAGCGACUUAUUAGCUGAUAAUCGCUUAACGUUGUUUGUUACCCACGGCGGAGCUGGAAGUUUGAUGGAGAGUGCAUUCCGUGGCAAACCUUUAAUAGUUGUUCCCUUAUUUGCCGAUCAGACCAGGAAUGCUAAACUUGUUGUAAAGUUUGGUUUCGGAUUGAUGCUGUCUAAAGAAAAUCUCUUAGAUAGCAGAGCAAUGAGCAGUGCGAUUGAGGAAGUGCUUACAGAUACAAAGUAUCAAAAAGCUGCUCAUCGCAUUCGGAACAUUCUGGCAAAACAAACGUUCUCGCCUAAGCACAAGUUGAUAAAAACUGUGGAGUUAGCUGCGGAGUUCGGCGAGAUGCCUCAGUUUAGGGUUGCUGGCCGUAAUCUCGGAAUCAUUACCUAUUAUAAUUUAGACAUUAUGCUGCUAUUCAUCGCUUUGAUGCUGUUUUUAGUGUAUUUACUAUUAUUUAUUUUUUAUAGGAUGUUUAGGGUAAUGGCAAACAUACGUAUGGUUAAAACCAAAAAGCAUUGAGC